AUGGAAUCGUUUGUCAUCAAGACCCCCUGCUCCAGCGCCAACAUUGGCCCGGGCUUCGAUGUCAUCGGCCUCGCCCUCUCGGUGUACCUCGAGCUGCACGUCACCAUCGACCGCACCAAGACCAAGUCGGAGCACCCGCUCAACUGCAGGAUCACGUACGAGGGAGAGGGAGAGGGCACCGGCGACAUCAGCCUCGACCCCCAGUCCAACCUGCUCACCCGCGUCGCCCUCUACGUCCUGCGAUGCCACGACCAGCGAAAUUUCCCUGUCGAGACCCAUGUUCACAUCAAGAACCCCAUCCCCCUUGGCCGUGGCCUGGGCAGCUCCGGUGCUGCUGUGGUUGCUGGUGUUGUCCUGGGUCGCGAGGUCGGUGGACUGAAGCACCUCGACUAUGACCGCCUGUUUGACUACUGCCUCAUGAUUGAGAGACAUCCCGACAAUGUCGGUGCCGCCCUCUACGGAGGCUUCGUCGGAACAUACCUCAAACCCUUGACCCCCGAGGACGUCGCCCGGACAGAGAUCCCCCUUAGUGAGGUGCUCCCCGCGCCGGCCGGCGGCGAGGACACGGGCAAGAAGCCCCCGAACCCUCCUCACGGCAUCGGCCACCACAUCAAGUUCCCCUGGGCAAAGGAGAUCAAGGCCGUCGCCAUCAUCCCCGACUUCCAGGUCGCCACGCACGCUGCUCGAAGUGUGCUACCUGAAAAGUACUCCCGUCCCGAUGUGACGUUCAACCUCCAACGAAUCGCCCUCCUACCCGUCGCCCUGGGCCAGUCUCCCCCCGACCCCGAGCUCAUCCAUCUCGCCAUGCAGGACAAGAUCCACCAGCCCUACCGCCAGACCCUCAUCCCCGGCCUCACCGAGAUCGUCGAGUCCAUGUCCCCCAAGACCGAGGAGGGCUUCCUCGGUGUGUGCCUGUCAGGCGCUGGCCCUACCAUUCUGGCUCUUGCCACACACAACUUUGAGACGAUUGCCAACAAGAUCAUUGCCAAGUUGAGGCAGCACAACGAGAAGAAGGAUCUGGCCUGCCAAUGGAAAGUGCUCGAGCCAGCAGAGGGAACCCAGGUUAUCCGAUAA